CAUAGAUGGCGGGGGCAGGAGCAACACUAAACGAUCCACAGCGGUGAGGUAAAGGCGUUUUAGGGACUAGUAUAACAUUUUCAGAAGGAAAAUGACGGGGCCGUAAAAAAUAACACUGCCGCGUUUUGUGAAUUUCCUUUUUUUUAGCGCGAUCUAACGCACCCACUGAGUGACUUUCUUUGUUGUAGUCACCAGCUACAUAAGAUAACAACAGUCAGUUGGUAUAUUAAACGAUCCACCUCUUACGUUGGUGGCUGUGUAACAUACCGUGAAGGCUGACGCGAUGUCUAAUGGCAAGAUCAUUCCGGAUACUCCGCUGGCUGUCGAUUUCUGGAAAGUUCGCAAGUGUCCGGAGACGCGACUCUUCUUCCUGUCUCAUAUGCACAGCGACCACACGGUAGGUCUCACGUCCACCUGGACAGACCGACCCAUCUACUGCUCACCUGUCACCGCCUCUCUGCUCAAAGUCAAACUGGGGGUGAAAGAGAAGUGGAUCCACCCAUUAGAACUGGGUGACCCAUACCUUCUGCCUCUGGAUGACAUUGGCAAAGAAAACAUGACAGUCACGUUGAUUGAUGCCAACCACUGUCCAGGGGCUGUCAUGUUUCUUUUUGAGGGCUACUUCGGUUCCAUACUGUACACUGGUGACUUCAGAUAUUCCCCGUCGAUGCUGCGUGAGCUGUGUCUUGCGACAAGCGCCACAAUCAAUGUUCUGUACUUGGACAACACCAACUGUGACCCCAACCGCAUCAUCCCCACUAGAAAGCAAGCCACUCAGCAAAUUAAGGAGAUCAUCCGCAGCCAUCCCGACCAUAACGUCGUCUUAGGUCUCUACACGCUGGGCAAAGAGUCCCUCCUGGUGGAUCUGGCCAUGGAAUUUCAGACUUGGAUCGAGGUUAGCUAUGACAGGAUGGAGACCCUCAAAGCGCUGGAACUGCCUGACGUUUUCACCACCGACUCGGGUGCCGGACGUAUCCGAGUUGUGGAGCAGAGAGAGAUUUCCUUUUCCGCCUUGUGCCAGUGGAACAGCGAACAGCCCACGCUAGCGAUCUAUCCCACCAGCAGGCCCCUGGUCUCCUUUCACCCCAAAGUCCACGUGGUGCCCUACUCGGACCACUCAUCACAUCAAGAGCUGAUUGACUUUAUCUCCGGACUCAAGCCUUCGUCUCUUGUGCCUAUUAUAGGAAACAGCAUCCCGGGAAGCCUCUCCGUUUUAGUCCCCGGCAAAAGGCAUGAAAUCUUGGUGCCCGAGUCCGUGCAACACUACAUGAGGCGGCUGCCCGAAAACAAUAUGAAAACAUCAGCAUCUUCCUACGUUCAUUGUCAACAUGUACGACCACUUCCGCCUAAAGGAGUGGUAUUUGACUCUCCUGUAAGCUUAGCCAAAUCGGGCCGGGAGGCGGGGUGUCCGGAGGAAGAUUCUCCCUCUGAAGAGGAAUCGGACACGGAGAGUGUUGAAAAUCAUUGUGAUUAUAUUGUGGUUUCCAGCAAUAAACACACCCCUUAUAAAAACAAACAAGACCCCGUCAACCCUUGGAACAUCAACAUUGUCCAGACCGUCCCAGAGGAAAUGUUGAUGGCACAUUCGAUGACACUCAGUCAACUCAGUCAGAGCAACUUUGCACCGAUGAAGAUUGUAAGAAACACCAAUGCCUGCUUGAGGCCGCGUUGGAGUAGAGUACACACCAUGGACGAUAUGGCUUCAAAUGGGAAUCACACCCAGCCUCGUAGAUGUCUGCGUUUUGUCGACAGCACCCAGAUGUCCGAUGAUGACGGCAGAAGUGAGUGUGAAGAACAACAGCUUAAUCACGGCACCCAGCAAGACACUAAACAUGAUGCAAAAGACAACAGCGGUGAAUCUUUAUUCCAAUCAAGUCCUGAUAAUUCCUCUGCUUCAUCAACCUUGUUGUCAGGAGAGACUUGCACAGAAGAUAUUGAAAACAAGAUUUUGGAUGAUGUUGUUUUCACAGCAGAGGACUUGAAGAUAUGCUGCCUCUUGAAGAAGAGCGUUGUGCAGAGGUUUGUCAUUUGUCCCGUACAGAAGCAAAAUGUGCUCACAUCUCUGACAAAAUGACAGGAUUUCCACAUACAGUGUCACCCACCCAAGUUAUUGUUAUUAAUCUUUUCCAACGUGUGUGUGUGGAAAACGUGGUUGUAUGAAAACUGAACAGAUUUUUAAGAAAAAUGUAAAUCCAAUUUAAAUAAAUUCCAAUAAAUUCCAGCCACUGAAAAUACAAAACACAUUUUGUGAAUAAUCAUAGUUGCGCACACAGAAAACAAAGUGAAAUACUUUCAUUCAAACAGCAAAUGAAAUAGGAUAAAUUAACAAUUUUUAAAGAGUCUUGUUGGCAAAGACGGCAACGCGCAGAGAAGUAGAAAAAGCGAGAGUCACACUGACACCACCUUUUUGUUUUAGUACGAAUUAUUUCCUGUAUUCACCACUUGCUACUUUCAUGGUGGGCCACUUUGAUGAAUGAUACAAUACAGGGCAAAAUGUCAUUUCCCAGGUUAAGUUGCAUUCAUGAUCAUUACAGGAUAUUUACAGGAUUAUUGUGUAAAUGAAGUAUUGAUUGAAUGUUUACUGUAUGAUAUAAGAUUGCUGAUUUGUUUGUUACGCACAAUGUUGUACAUUAACUGGAACACUGUAUAAGAUUCAUUCAUUCAUUCAUUUGUUUUCUACCGCUUUUCCUCAGCUGCUACAGCCGAGCUCCGCAGAGCUGGACAUCAUCUUAUAUACUCUAUAUGUGGGGAGUGCCUGUCCACCUUAACUACAGUGGUUGGUUAUAGUAUUUUGG